AUUAGUUCCUUUUCUGACUAACUUACUGGAGUGUUUUAUUUUAUUGUUUAGCAGCUUGCACUUGAUAAUGAGGUGGAUAAAUGGCGGAUAUCAUAAAUUCAGGCAAUGAAGAAGACCUACAGGCUCAAAUUGAAGAGGUCGAGGCUCUGUCUGCUAUCUACGGUGAUGAAUGGUGCGUGAUAGAUGAGGCGUCCAGAAUAUUUUGCAUCAAAAUAUCCGACGACUUGGAGACGCCAAAGCUGACAGCGUGUUUGCAAAUAAUUCUCCCACCUGAUUAUCCAAGCGCAGCUCCGCCCAUCUACCAGAUCAAUGCCGCGUGGUUGCGAGGCCUUGAGAGGGCCAAAUUGGCAAACAGCCUGGAAGACCUCUAUGUGGAGCACGCAGGGGAGAGCAUCCUCUACCUAUGGGUGGAAAAAAUGAGAGACUUCCUUGUGGAGAAAUCCCAGAGCUCUGAAACAGUGGAUCAACCAGGAAACGUGAAUAUGACGGCUGAGGAAGACGUGGAUGACGAUGAUGAAGACAUGCCUGAUUUCAGGACUCUCAAACUGAACACGGAAAAUCUACAUCUCUUCGUGGAUCAGGCAGAUGAUGAAGAGGUUCCUCCGAUAAAGCAUGGAAUCACCGUCACAGACCGACGCAGCACCUUCCAGCCACAUUUGGCCCCUGUGGUGACUCCCAGACAGGUUAAAAUGGUCCUGGAGAAGCUGUGUGAAAACAAGAAGAUUGCGAGUGCCACCCAUAAUAUUUAUGCAUACAGGAUUUACUGCGAGGACAAGCGCAGCUUCCUGCAGGACUGUGAAGACGACGGCGAGACAGCCGCGGGGGGGAGAUUGCUCCAUUUGCUGCAGAUUCUGGACGUGCGUAAUGUCAUGGUGGUCGUGUCCCGCUGGUACGGAGGCAUUUUGUUGGGUCCUGACCGCUUCAAACACAUUAACAACUGUGCAAGAAACAUCCUGGUGGAGGAGGGAUACACUGCCUCCGUGGAUGAGGCCACCAAAUCAGGAACGAAGACAAAAAGGCCAAAAACCAAGAAGACAAAAUGAAUUUCAGGAGGAAAAUUCAAACACACGUGCACAGUCUUUGCUGUUUAAUUCAGCAGAAAGCCCGUUUUUAGCCCGUUCAGAUGUGUCUUAGAGGAAAAACAGUUUCUUGGUGUUAAAGUUCAUUUAUUCACAACAAUUUUGCUAAUAAAAUGGCACCAAGGAAAUUUGAAUUGUUAUCAGAGAUGAUGGACUUUCAUUGUGGAAUUUAUAAUUUCAUAUUUUCUCUGAGAAGCCUUGAAGUGAAAUGUUCAUUGCAGAAGAUGGUUUCAUUAAAGCAAACCUUGGGCUGAAUAUGUCUUUAACAUCA